AUGUCCAAGUCCAAGGCUCCCCUCUACCUCGGCCUCACUGCCGCCGGUGGUGUCGGCUACUACCUCUACAGUGCUGGCGGUAACCCGAAGGCCGCCGAGGCCAAGUUUGAGAGCGACGUUCACAAGGCUUCCGCCGAGGUCAAGUCGCACCUUCCCGGCGGCCGCACCCCCGACGCCCAGAACAAGGGCGCUCAGGUUGGUGCGAAGCUUGACAAGGCUGGCGCAAAGCUCGACUCUGCUGUUGCCCAGGCCGACAAGAAGUUCUCCGCGACCAAGAGCAACGUUGAGGCAUAUGCCAAGGAUGCCAAGGCCGAAGCCCUGAAGAAGGUCGAUGCUUUUGACAAAAAGAUUGAGGAUGAAGCCGCCAAGGCCAAGAGCGGCAUCUCCAGCUGGUUCGGCGGAAAAUAA